AUGUCGUCAGAAGAAGCCAGUACGGAAGAUAGCCUUGACUCACUCAGUGAAGUGAGUUCUCUGGAUGAUGAUUUUGCUAGAAUGCACUUCGAAUCUGCAAGUUCCGAUGAAGAAGUCACUGAUGAUGAGGUCAAUUCAAACGUCUGGAGUGAAUUUCUUGAAGAUUAUGGACUUAUUGAACAAGUAACACCAACUUCAGAAGAUGGAAAACAGAAUCCAACGACUGGUGUUAUUCAUACUAAAACAGUCAUCAUGCAAUUAUUAGAAGAUCUUUUCGGAUGCUAUCGAACUGUGGUAGCAGACAAUUUUUUACGAGUAUCGAUCUUGCGAAACGAUUGUUAG